AUGGCUCUAGCUGCACAACAAUCUUUAUUAGAUGAAUUAAUGGGCAAAGGUCGUAAUGCAGCAAAAGGUGAAAAAAUUCAUAAAUAUCGUUUUGAUGAUCCAAAUGUUUGUAAAUAUAUGCUUGUUGAUUAUUGUCCACAUGAUUUAUUUGUUAAUACUCGACAAGAUCUUGGACCCUGUGAUAAAAUUCAUGAUAUUAGUCUUCAACAAGAGUAUCAAAAAAGUUCACGUUAUGGAAAACUUGGUUAUGAAGAUGAUUAUGAACGUUUUCUUAAAUCAUUAAUAUCCGAUGUUGAACGACGUAUUAAACGUGGACAAGAACGUCUACGUAUAACUCAAGGUGAUCCUAAUGCUUAUAAUGAUCCACAUAGUGUAAAGAAUGAAACUCUUAAUAGAAUAAAAUCUCUUGAAGAAAAUAUAACAUCACAUGUUUUAAAAUCAGAACAACUUGGAAAUGAUUGUCGAAUUGAUGAAGCACAACAAGUUUUAAAUGAAUGUGAAGAAAUGAGAGAAGAAAAGAAAAAACUUGAAACGCAAUUAGCUGAAGAACAAGCAAAUUCAGAUAUGAAUAAAGCUAUGGAAGUUUGUACUGUUUGUGGAUCAUUCCUUAUUGUUGGUGAUAUACAAAGUCGUCUUGAUGAACAUAAUAGUGGAAAACAACAUGCAGGUUAUGCAAAAAUUCGAGCAACACUUGAAGAUUUAAUUGUAAGUUGA